UUAUCAAAUUCGCUGCAUGAGAGAGCGGUUUAAUGUUUGGUAAUGGCGCCAUCAAACAUUUAUCAAGAACCAUCAGACAAAUUGAGGCAUAUCCCGCAUCUAUACCUAAGUUGACGAGGUUAUCUGCCACUGAUCUUCAUCGUCGAGUCGAUCAAUUGAUUAGCGAGAAUGUCGACCGACUUCUACAUACGCUAUUACGUCGGCCACAAGGGCAAGUUCGGGCACGAGUUCCUGGAGUUCGAGUUCCGGCCGGACGGUAAGCUGCGCUACGCCAACAAUUCCAACUACAAGAACGAUACGAUGAUACGCAAGGAGGCAUACGUGCACCAAUGCGUGAUGGAGGAGCUCAAGCGCAUUAUCCAGGACUCGGAAAUUAUGCAAGAGGACGACUCGCUUUGGCCGCAGCCGGACCGCGUCGGCCGCCAAGAGCUGGAGAUCGUCAUCGGUGACGAACACAUAUCGUUCACCACCUCCAAGACCGGCUCUCUGCUCGACGUGAACCAGUCGCGGGACCCGGAAGGUUUGCGGUGCUUCUACUACCUCGUACAGGAUCUCAAAUGUCUGGUGUUCUCCCUGAUAGGGCUACAUUUCAAGAUCAAGCCCAUAUAAACAUCUCAACUUCGUCCAAAGACCUCUGUAAUCCCCUGUAUUCCCCUAUUUUAAUAAAACACGCUAUAGCUAUUUGUA